UGAGGCACUGAAAUAAUGGCUGAAGAGAACAACUCUAAUAAUCUGGUUGAAGCCAUCAACAAAUUUAUUCCAACUCUGAAAGUGAAGAGGCUGUCUGAGAAUGCCACUUUGCCUGAGAGAUGUUUUCCUCAUUCUGCAGGCUAUGAUCUUUCCAGUGCAGUAGAGACAACAGUGCCAGCCAGAGGCAAGGCCAUGGUUCCAACAGACCUAAGCAUAGACAUACCUCCAGGAACCUACGGCCGCAUUGCUGCAAGGUCGAGUCUGUCGUGGCAUAACUCGAUUGAGGUUGGGGGUGGAGUGGUGGAUCUGGACAAGAAUCCUGUUUUUGUGAUAUUGUUCAACCUUUCUGAUACUGAUUUUCAAGUGAAAGUUGGUGACAGAAUUGCGCAGCUGGUGAUAGAACUCCACGCCACGCCGGAGAUUCUUGAGGUUCAGUAAUCUCAUCUCACGUGCCCGGAUCGGAACAGUUUGAUCUGAUCAUUUGUGGAGAAAAAAAGCAGUUUAUGGAAUUAUGGGUUGUUAGAAAUAUAGAAUCUUGUUGUUGUCCAGCAGAAUAAGUCUGAUCCUAUGAAUAAUGUCACCAUUGUUGUUUCCUUGAUACCA